AUGCGUCUCUCAGCCAUAGCAGCCAGCCUGGGGGCUCCGGCCAUUGCGGCUGCCACAGCCAACUACUCACUCUCGGACACUAACAAGGGGAUCGCACCGGGUGCUUAUAUUGUGGAGUUUACUCCGGAACAUACGUCUGUCGACAGCUUCUACCAGAACCUGUCGUCGAACGGGAUCCACGCGGUCCAGCGCCGAGCGUUCGAUCAUGCCUUUUUCUCUGGCACUUCGUUCCACCUGCCGGCGAACCGGACAUCCGACCUGGACGUUAUUGGCAACUUUACGCAAGUCAAGGCCAUCUCUCCGGUCCGUCUGUUCUCGCAUGGCUCGCCGAUCUCGCGGGACAAGCGCUUGAGCAAGGUGGAGGCGCUCGCACGGAGCAACAAGAAGCGUGCGCUCCAGGGGGCUCCCUCGUCUCACGUCAUGGCCGGCGUGGACAAGCUGCACGCAGAGGGCAUAGAUGGCAGCGGGAUCAUGAUUGCUGAGAUCGACACAGGAAUCGACUACACGCUCCCGGCUCUGGGCGGCUGCUUCGGCCCCGGCUGCAAGAUCUCGUUUGGCUAUGACCUGGUCGGCAACAACUACACGGGUGCCAACACGCCGGUGCCAGACAACGACCCGCUGGACUGCAACGGCCACGGAACACACGUGGCCGGCAUCAUCGCGGCAUCCGAUGACCCGUAUGUGCUAGGUGUAGCACCCAACGUGACCCUGGGCAUCUACAAGGUGUUUGGCUGCUCAGGCGACGCGGCCAACGACGUGCUGAUCGACGCCUUUUUGAUGGCCUACAACCACGGCGUCGACAUCAUCACGUCGAGCAUUGGUGGUGCCAGCGGCUGGCCUGAAGAGCCAUGGGCAGCCGUGACGGCGUCCAUCGUGGCGGCCGGCACGCCCUGCAUGCUGGCGGCCGGUAAUGACGGGUCUGACGGCAUGUUCUAUGCCUCUUCGGCCUCUGCGGGCGACGACGUGACUUCGGUCGGCUCGGUCGACAACAUCCGAACGCCCUCCGCCUCCCUGCUGCUGGACUACGUCGUGGAUGGCGCUUCGACCGAGACGACCUACAACGAGGGCUCGGGCUCCUUCACCGGUGUCAGCCUGCCGCUGUAUGCCAACUCGUUCAACACCAGCAUCACCAACGACUUCUGCAGCGCCAUCACGGCCAACCUGACCGGCAAGAUCGCCUUGAUUCGCCGUGGCACCUGCACGUUCGAGGCCAAGGCCGACGUGGCCAAGAAUGCUGGCGCUGCCUAUGUCAUGUUCUACAACAACAUCGCCGGCACGAUGACGCCGUCGCUGGGCUCGGCCUCUCUCACCGGCGCUGGCAUGGUCUCGGCUGACGUCGGCACCAAAUGGGUCGGCCUCCUCGCGGCUGGCAAGACGGUCACGCUGACGUUCCCCGACAAGGUCGAGCUGCUGGUCGACCCGACCGGCUCAGCCAACACCGUCUCGGGUGGCCGCAUGAGCACCUUUAGCACGUGGAACCCGACCAAUGAGCUCACGAUCAAACCGGUCGUCUCGGCACCUGGCGGCAACAUCCUGUCGACGUACCUCUCGGACAAGGGCGGCUAUGCCGUCGAGUCGGGCACGUCCAUGGCCACGCCCUUUACCGCCGGCGUUGUCGCUCUCUAUCUACAGGCCAAGGGCCGUGGCAUCAGCCCGAAGCUGAUCAAUGCCGCGCUCUCCGGCUCGGCCACACCCCUCGUCUUCAAUAACGGCACUGCUGACUCCUCGUACCUCACCUCGGUCGCCCAGCAGGGCGGUGGCCUCGUCAAUGCCUAUGCUAUGAUCCGUGGUGGUCUCUCCGUCACCGAGGCGAACCUGGCCCUCAACGAUACCGCUCACCACGUCCAGGACGCCGCCUUCUACGUCCAGAACGACGGCACCACCACCGAGACUUACACUCUGUCUCAUGCCCCUGCUGCCAACGCCUAUGCUUUUGAUGCUUCCUACACCGGCGAGGUCGCCGAGUUCCCUCCGCCGAUGGACACCAAGUACGCUACCGUCCAGAUCUCGCCCUCGACCCUGACCCUUGAGCCGGGCCAAAAGAAGCGCGUGACAGUCGAGGCCACUCCCGAUGCGUCUCUGGAUACCACCCUGGUGCCCUUUUACUCCGGCUUCGUCAAUAUUACCGGCGGAGGCUCCUCCGUCUCGAUCCCUUACGGCGGUGUUUCUGGCAACAUGCACGACAUUGUCAUGAUGUCCGAUGACGGCCCGUGGCCCUACGUCAUCGGCGGCUUCUACAACACGACCAACACGACCAAGACGUACAAGCCAUCGGCCGAGACGUAUCCGUCUGUCAUCUUCGAGUCCCGAUGGGGAUCUGCCGCCGUUCGCAUCGACGUUGUCUCUACCACAGGCCCCAACCUUUUGCAUGAGGCUGGCAUGAACAUCACCGGCUCCAUCGCCGGCUUUCCCCUCAUGUGGACGCCGCGUAGCUUCUUGUCUGGCACCUGGGACGGCAGCCUGGCCGACGGUACCACCGCCACCAGCGGCACAUACAAGUUUGUUGUCCGUCUGGCAAAGGUUUUUGCUGAUCUGGCCAAGGGCAGAGAGUACGAGACCUACGAGACGGUCGAGUUUGUUAUGGAUAUGUCUUAG